GUGCGCACCGAAGAUGGCGGCGGCGGCGGCGGCGGCGGCGGGAAGGUUGCUCCGGGCUUCGGUUAUCCGACAUGUGAGUGCCGUUCCUUGGGGCAUUUCUGCCUCUGCAGCCCUUAGGCCUGCUCCUUCUCGAAGAACAUGCUUGACAAGUGUGCUGUGGUCUGGUUCCAGUCAAGCAAAAUUCGCCUUUAGCACCAGUUCUUCCCACCAUUCCCCUGCCGUCACCCAGCAUGCGCCCUAUUUUAAGGGCACAGCCGUUGUCAAUGGAGAGUUCAAAGAACUAAGCCUUGAUGACUAUAAGGGGAAAUACUUGGUGCUCUUCUUCUAUCCUUUGGAUUUCACCUUUGUGUGUCCUACAGAAAUUAUUGCUUUCAGUGACAAAGCCAAUGAAUUUCAUGAUGUGAAUUGUGAAGUUGUUGCCGUGUCAGUGGAUUCCCACUUCAGCCAUCUGGCUUGGAUAAAUACACCAAGGAAGAAUGGCGGUUUGGGCCACAUGAACAUUGCUCUCCUGUCGGAUUUGACCAAGCAAAUUUCCCGAGACUACGGUGUGCUGUUAGAAGGUCCCGGUCUUGCCCUGAGAGGUCUCUUCAUAAUUGACCCCAAUGGAGUCAUCAAGCAUUUGAGUGUCAAUGAUCUCCCAGUGGGCCGAAGCGUGGAAGAGACCCUCCGCUUGGUGAAGGCGUUCCAGUUUGUGGAAACCCAUGGAGAAGUCUGCCCAGCCAACUGGACACCGGAUUCUCCUACAAUCAAGCCACAUCCGACUGAUUCCAAAGAAUACUUUGAGAAGGUCCAUCAGUAGACCAUCCCUUGUGCACCUGCCGCUUCCCUCCCCAGAGAAGAGCCACAGUUGGGAUUCACGUUUAGCAUUUCAGAGAUGAUUGUAGAAGACAAAACACCUCAAUUAUGCUUGUCUUCCUAAGUAUCACUUUAAAUGUUUUGUUUUUGUAACAUUGGCCAAGGCUUUUAAAAUAUGGUUAGUUACUAACAGGAGGAGUCCUCUACUGGUGAUGUAUGGCUGGCUGGCUAGUUCCUUUUGAGUGUUUAGUUCACCUGUUUCUUGAAUCAUGUCUUCAGAGGGAAAAGGAAACAACUCUUCUUUCUUAGCCUUACUUGAACCCUUUUGUACACUAGCGUAGUAGUAGUACAACAGCAUUGAAAGCUUCUGAUCAGGGGUCCUGAAGAUUUCUUCUUGAAUUUCUCUGUGUUACCUGAAUUUUCCUUUAAGUAACAAAGAUCAGUUUUAAGUCAUUACCGUCAGGUCUAAUUUAACACUUGCUUUAGAUGCAUGUGUGAUUGAAACAUAUGUGAAUCAUGUUUUUUUUUUUUUAAAAAAAAUUCAGUGGCAAAGUGACUUAAGUGAUCAUGCAUGUCCCCCAUCCCUGCGGUUUAUAGUUUAUGGAGUUAUUUUACUUAGUGUUUACAUACAUUUCUAAUAUGGAUUUGGCAGAAUUAUAAAGAAUACUUAUUGAAUCCAGGGAUUGAAGUUUGAUUUUGAAUCAUUGUAAUUAUCUUCUUUCUUGACGUGCUCAAUGUAAAAAAUAUGAUAAAAAAUAAACAUAUUUAAACGUA